AGAAGAGAAAUAAGGCAGCAGAAGGGGUUUGUAUUCGUUUGGGCGCAAUUGGAUUGGUGUUGUACACCCAAAUCAUGUUUCGAUGUAGAGAAAUUGGAGGCUGGUUUGGAUGAGAUGAGGGAUGUUAUCGGAGUUAAUGAACUUUCUGAGGGCCUGUUGGCGGCCGUCUUCGGAUCGUUAUGUUCACGCUGGCUCGGAUGCUGUGGGGAGACAGGAUGGGCUUCUCUGGUACAAAGACACUGGGCAGCAUCCGAAUGGCGAGUUCUCUAUGGCCGUUGUUCAAGCUAACAAUUUGCUUGAGGAUCAGAGCCAGAUUGAGUCGGGCCCUUUGAGCUCACUGCAGUCUGGACCCUAUGGAACCUUUGUUGGGAUAUACGAUGGUCAUGGCGGGCCUGAGACUUCACGCUACAUCAAUAAUCACCUUUUCCACCAUCUUAAGAGGUUUACUUCUGAGCAACAAGCCAUGUCAGUAGAUGUUAUAAGGAAGGCAUUUCAAGCAACGGAAGAAGGGUUUCUCUCUCUUGUUACUAAACAGUGGCCAAUGAAACCACAAAUUGCAGCUGUUGGAUCGUGCUGUUUGGUUGGUGUAAUAUGCAGUGGCACCCUCUAUAUCGCCAACCUUGGUGAUUCUCGUGCUGUUUUGGGGAGGCUAGUCAAGGCAACCGGGGAGAUCUUAGCUGUUCAGCUAUCAGCAGAGCACAAUGCAUGUAUAGAGUCUGUAAGACAGGAGCUGCGUUCUCUGCAUCCUGAUGAUUCACAGAUUGUGGUUUUAAAGCAUAACGUUUGGCGUGUGAAGGGCCUCAUACAGGUUUCUAGAUCUAUUGGUGAUGUAUAUUUAAAAAAGGCUGAAUUUAACAGGGAGCCUUUGUAUGCCAAGUUCCGCCUUCGCGAACCUUUGAAAAGGCCUAUUCUGAGCUCCGAACCAUCAGUAUCUGUCCAUCAACUUCAGCCACAUGAUCAAUUUCUUAUAUUUGCAUCUGAUGGACUUUGGGAGCACCUAAGCAACCAGGAAGCGGUUGAUAUAGUUCAAAAUAAUCCACACAGCGGAAGUGCUAGGAGGCUUGUGAAAGUGGCAUUGCAAGAAGCUGCAAAGAAAAGAGAAAUGAGAUACUCAGACUUGAAGAAGAUCGACCGUGGUGUUCGCCGGCAUUUCCAUGAUGACAUUACAGUUGUUGUUGUGUUUCUCGACUCAAACCUUGUUAGUAGGGCUAGUUCGGUCAAGGGUCCCACAUUGUCUCUAAAAGGAGGUGGGAUCAAUCUUCCUCCCAACUCUCUCGCCCCUUGUGCCACGCCUGUCGAUCUUGGUUCCGCUUGACAAAGUAAGCCCUUGUUCACUUUGUUGUACUAAUUUCUGGACUGUACUUGGAUCUGUGAUCAUCAGGUAGUAUCCAAAAAAAAGAUAAGUUGAGCAGGUCUUCUAUUCUUUGAUGUAUAAUGUAACAUUUAACUUAAGGUACAUGGAGUUAAUUAUCUUAUGAAGUAUAUAACAGGGAAAAAACAAGAAAGGGCAGGGAAUUAGAGCUUCAAGGCGACUGGAGUGAAAAUUAUUACCUUGGCACAGUUCUCUCUUCUUGUUCAUCUUCCUUAGUUCGUCUGGGAUCUUCAAUUUUGUAAAUUGUGUGAAACAAUAUCCUUGGCAAUCCAAAAUUUGUCUCUCUUUGAGCUAGU